AGAGACAAGAAUCUUGGCCAGCUGAGGACUUCCGGACGUAAAUAAAUGUCAAUCAGCGUUAAUGAAGCUGUAAUUUAGCCUUCUAAACCGAGAAUUUUCGCCUUUUCACAAUGACUGAGGUCAAGUUCAGUCCCUUGGCGUACUGCAAAGUGAUUUUGCACGCCGUAAAAUAUCCGCACGCGUCCGUGAACGGAGUUCUUUUGGCCCCGGAGAACGCGAAACGUGACGGCACAUUGAUCAUCGAGGACGCAGUGCCGCUUUUCCACAUGGCCCUGACACUCGCCCCCAUGGCAGAGGUCGCCCUUCAACAGAUCGACAACUACGCGAGCAAAAACAAGUUGGUCGUCGCCGGGUAUUACGAAGCCAGUGAAUUUCUCAACGAUCAUUGUGAUUCGAGGAAGGCCAACAGAAUAUCAUAUAAAAUUCAAGAGAAUUUUCCAGGGGCAUGUUUUGUUGCUCUCCACAACGAGAUGCUGUCUCUUGACCAGAGCGAGGUGCCUUUGUAUGCAACAACCAAGACGGACGACUCUGGCUGUUGGAUAUUCCCCGGGAAGAAAGUCAAACUGGAAAAGGAAUCGAUCACUUUGCACGCAGCUAGUAUUUUGAUAAACCUGCAGACUUACGAUGAGCUGGUUGAUUUCGACAACCACCUAGACUGUCCGAGCAAAGACUGGACGAAUUCAGAUCUGGAGCUGACCAUCAAAGAAGCCCUAAGUCAUCCCGAGGAAGAAGACGACGACGAAGAAAGUGACGAAUAAACUAAAGUUUUGUAUUCUCUUGGUGCAUCGCUUUUUAAUUUGUACAAAGUUUUCUUCUCAAGGGUCUCAAAAAAUCCCAAAGUAUUGAUAGUCCUAUCUUUACUACAUAACUUCAGUGCCAUUUCAUAAGGCAAAGAAUUGUACUUGUUUUCAUUAUUUAUAAUUUCCUUGGUUUCAUUUGGUAAAUUUUAUAAUAGCCACUUCAUUGUUACUUCCUAAGAAUUCCACCACUGAAUAUUCCGAAAUUGUCUUUGAUUGUCCAUUAAAUCUUGUUCUUGUUAUAAAAAAAAAACUUGUCAGGAAUAUGAAUAAUAAAUAUUGGCCUUCCUGAUGUAUCUGAUUUAAAUUU